UGUCAGUAUCAAUAUUGAGCAACUAGUGGAUUAACCUGCUGUACGAAUACAAUGAAAUACAAUUUAUUGCUGUUGGCCCUGUGCCUGCUGCUGGCCGCGUUUGUCAGCGCCAAUCCGAAGGACGAGAAGCUGGCCGCAAUUAAACAAAUCUGCCCGUGUCCUCGCAACUAUGAUCCAGUCUGUGCCAGCAACUUGAUCUCCUAUCCAAAUCGCUGUCUAUACGACUGUGCGCGUCGUGAACUCGAGCGGGCUGGACGCAGCUUGGAUUUGCUCAGAUCAGGAGACUGCUAAGCGGACUUUCAAUCUGUUUCAAAUCUGUUCAUUCCAACACAAGUUUAUAAUCAAAAUUCAAAAUAAAUGGAAUAAUAUUUUA